AUGACGAGGAAAAAAACAACGUAAAACUACACUACACCAGUACAGCUGACUAAAGUUUACAUUUCUUCUGUUUAAAAAAUUAAUUUAGUCUACUUUUCAGUAAAUCAGAAUGAGUAUUACACUUCCGUGUUAGCAAUGUCGGCAAUGUAGGCCUAAAUGUUAGUUUAUACUGGAUUUAAAUGUUUAACUUUGAAAUAAAUAGUGUUUAACAUUAUUUUAUUAGUAUUUAGAUCUAGAUCUACGCAUUAAUAUUUAUUGGGUGGAAUUUCAGUGGAAUAAUAAUUAUAAUGUCAAAUCCACCCAGACCUGUCAGACCUCCUCCUCCUGUUCCCAAACCAGGUCAGGUAAAAGUAGUGCGAGCAAUGUACAGGUAUGAGGCUCAACAGCCUGAUGAACUGACCUUUGAUGAAGGGGACACCCUUUACAUAUUAGAUAUGAAAGAUCCUAGCUGGUGGAAAGCCAAAUGUGGCUCAAGUAUUGGUCUCAUUCCAAGUAACUAUGUUGAAGAAAACACAGAAUCUAUUGAUCAUCCCCUGCAUGAUGCAGCUAAACGAGGAAAUAUGGAUUUUAUGAAAGAUUGUCUUCAAAAUAGAGUUUCAGUGAAUGGACUAGAUAAAGCAGGAUCAACCCCUCUUCACUGGGCAGCACAUGGAGGUCAUAUCCCAUGCUUGCAGACAUUACUUAGUAUUGAGAACUGUGAAGUCAAUGUUCAGAAUAAACUUGGAGACACACCUUUACAUUCUGCAGCCUGGAAAGGACAUGCUGAAGCUGUUAAGAUGUUAUUAGAUAAAGGAGCAAGAGUUGAUUUGAGAAACAAUGAUGGGAAACUACCAAUAGAUUUAACAAAAGAUGCUGAUGUUGCAGCAUUGCUUCGAGAAGCAGCUGGUGUAAGGGCCUCAAGAUACAGUGAAGGCUAUGAAGAUGAAGAAGAUUCUGACUAACCUGAAGGACUAUACUCAUUUCAAGUCAUUUCAAGCUUCAAACUUUUUCAUUGCCUUCUUAGAAAAAGGCCAUCUCAAUAGUCUGCAUCACUCACAGGAAGCCAACUUAAUACAUACAUUUUCAAUGUCUCUUUUUAUGUGCCUUUAAUCUAGAAUUAUUUGUUAAAAAUACUAGUGAAUGGCUUGUUAUUUUCCACAUAUAGGCAAUUGGCAUAUAUUCAUUCAUAAACCAAAAUAACAUUCCUUUGCUAUUUGUUGACUAUAUAAUACCCUGGGUCAUAAUUUUUUGUCAGUGAAUAAGGAUUUCUAAUUUAUCUCAAAAAGGAACUAAUAAUAUGUUAUUAAAGGUUUUUUUUAAUGAAAAUUCUCUUUGUUUUCCUCAAAAGUAGAUAGGUAGAAAUACUUCAUUAUUUUUCAUUAAAUAAAUAAAUAAAUACAUUUUAUUUUCAAUAUUAAAUAAAAAUUAAUAUUAUUUAACUUUUUUUUUCAUAACAAUUGUUGCCUUACAAAGUAUUUUUAGCAUUUUAGUGAUGAUUGAUCUUUAGGCCUGGCUUAUCAAACUUUUAGUUAUGAAAUAUGUGGUGUUUGACAGUCUCUCAGGAGGGCUGGUGGCCCAGCAAUGUCAUUUGGCUUCCACUCAGCUUAACUGUCUGCACCGUAUGUGUAUACACAUGUUGGUCACAAUUGGGUUUGCAUGGUCAAGUAAAAUAUUUAUUAUUUAUGGCAAAAAAAUAUUCAAAAGUUUAAAAUGGAGUUUACUUGAAUGAACUUGAGCUUCAGUUGCUGGAGAUGUGGUGCAUUAGAGAAAAUGUUUCAUAGAGAAAUCAUUUAGAUUCUAUGGCACUUAAAAUCCUGUGAAUGUGAUGAGAGGUCUUAUUUUGUUUGUUUGGAAGCCUAGGGGAAGUUGAAUAUGUUUUUCUGGUUCACAUUUGUUAAAAUAUAAUCCAGGCACACUGCAGGCUAACAAGGAGAACAAGCUAGUUGGGUUAAAUGAUUAUAAAAGAUUAUUUAAUUAAUUUGAAUGAUGGAUGGUAAAAUAAAAAAAAUAAACAAUCUUAUCAGUGUUUUCAUCAUAGAUUGCUUUGGGCUGAAUGCACAAGUGUCCCUAUCAUCUUAUCUGAUUUUCCUUGUAGUUGUAGAUGUGUUGUAUUGUCUUCUGACAAUUGUCUUCAGUCACUAAGUCAGUUUGUAUAUUAAUGUACACCAAAUUUGAUUUAUGUCUUGAUGGUAUUUAUAUUUCCUUUGAAAGAAGUUUGUUUUAGUUCUUUAACUUUAUCGCCUGCUUCUGCAGGAAACUGAAUGUCUCGAGCUAGAUUUUGCUUGUUCUUUGUUAAUAAACUUCUAUCAAUACAUUCGAGCUAGAUUUUGCUUGUUCUUUGUUAAUAAACUUCUAUCAAUUUGAUCCUUGAGAACAUUUUUGAUUUUCAAGUAGCCAUUUUUAAACCCUGUUGUAUGGCCAUUAAAGUUAAUCAAUUAAAAUCAGCUUCUGAUUCUAGAAUUAACUCAACUCUAUGUCCCCAUUUUGUGAUACCUACAACUUUUGAAUUCUGUACAUUAAUGUUGGCAUUAAAGUGAAGCAGUAAAUGAGCUAUACUAGGAUGUCCAAGCUUGGUGACACCUAUUAAUGCUGUACAUUUACUUUCUAGUGUGUUGCUAUCAGUUGAUUUGACUUCUAAGAAACUUUUUUUGUUGAGAAUUUUCAGUUUUUUUUUUUUUUUCAUUUUUUAAAGAUUAUUUUCUGAUUGUGAAAAAAUAAUCCGAAGUUUUCCUGAUGGUGUUCUCUCUGCAGGGAUUGACUUCAGCUCAAUGUGCAUUGGAAGUUUCUCCUUUUACCCCUCUUGAAAUGCUAAUAAAUUUCUCUUGGUCUGCAGAGAUUGCUUUUUCCAGAGUCUGCUAAGAGGUCACAUUAAUUAAUGUUUGUUGCGUUUCUCUGUUACAAAUUUCCUUAAGUAUCUAGACUGUGUGCUGAAACCAAUAAAUUUGAAGCUUUUCAAAUGUCACUUCUUUUUUUUCAACUAGCAGUAUUCUCUGGAGACCUGUGGGUCCUACAUAUGUAAAAACGGAGAUGGGGUAAACAAUUAGUGAGGGAAGUGUCACCAUUCUAGCAACUGUCAGAUAAGAAGUGUCUCACGCAAAAAUUUUUUUUAUCUUUCUGGUACAUUUUUCCUAAGGUAAAGAGGGUGCAAGAGUGAGCCUCAUGGGAAGGGAGAUUAUUCUAGUAUUGUUUUUUAACUAUUGGGAGAUGGAAAUCUUUAUAAGCGGUAACCUCAUUGGGCUGAAGAGGCAAAUCCUAAAAGCACAGUUACAAUGGGUUUACUAGACUUUCAGAAGUUGUCAGGUUUCCUGUCUUUUCUAACCCUUGAACUUCUUAUAUGCUCUCUAAGUGGGCUAUCCUGUGCCUUAUUGUGAAGUUGUUUUAUGUCAUACCACAUACCUCUGUAUAUCUUAGUAAAAUAUUUCAUUAGACCAUAUCCUUAGUUAUCUUAUUGUUUAUGUCCUUGACAAAGUUGCUUGUGAUUCAACACUACUAGAUCUAUAUGAUAUGCAUUUAGCUAGUCACAAGAAUUAGAAAUAAUCAUCUCAUUGUGAAUACAUAUUAAAUAUAAGUCUACUAGCUUUUCAUCGAGCCUCCUCAUUAAGUCUUAUUUUGUUACCUGUUCUCUAUGGGGCAUGCUCAAAAGAUUGAAAAGAUAAUAUACUGUGAAGUUUGCAUUAAUAAGUGUGCCAAGAAUACCUGAUGGUUGAUCUACAAAAACAGUUUAUUUACUGAACUAAGGUUCAAAUCGCUAGAAACAUGGCGUCAAUGAGAUUAGAAAUUACAGGAAAAGCAGUUGGAGAUCACACAUUAGAGUGGAAAAAUGGAAUAGCAAAAUUGAACAGAGGUUUACUUAGUAACCAAAGCUCAUUCAGUAAGAAAUAGGCCUUAGAAUGUGCAGAUUUAGAACCAAGAAAAACCAAAAAUCUAAUUCUUUGUAAUAAAUGUAAAAUAAUAAUAACCUAAACAAACUGCAUCUAAAUGACCUUCAUGCCAUAUGGUGGUGCCAAAGCAUCCUGUGUUAGUUGAUAGUGUACUUCUGAAUAUAGAAAACUGCAGAAUCUUGAAUUUAUUGGACUUAAUUUUAUAUAUUUUUUCUGUCUCCAAUAUUUGGGACCUCUCCAAUUUCUGUUUUGUAAACUAUAUAUAUAGAGAGAGUAUCUGCAAGACUAGAUAUAAAACAGGAGGUGCUUGCAUGUGUUUGCAUGUAUGAGGGCUUGUGAAUACUUGAUACAUCAUUUGUAUGCUAGGACUCUUGUAGUUACCUGUUGAACUUGUUCAUGUGAUAACUUACUUAUUCAGAUAUAACUCUCAUUCUAUUUUUGCACUUUUUAUGGCAUUAAAACAUAUUUAAUGGUAAUGAUUUAUUGAAGUAAUUUUGUAUAAAGGUAAAUUUUCACUAUUUAAAAAAAAAAUGGUUGAAAUCAUUAAGAUACAUUUUAUUAAUUCUUUUAGUAAAUUUUAUCAGUUGUUUUUUUUUGUUUUUUUGUCUGCUGUUAAAUCACUUACAAAUGUUUCAUUGAGGUUUAAAAAAUGUUAACUUCUGUUAGGAGCAUCAAUCAUUGUGCAUUAUUAAAUUAUCAUUGUGAACUAUUGUUGAAAUAAUUGGCUUGAUCUUAAACUUAGUUUUACUAUACACUUCGAUACAAUCUUACAGUUUCUCAUUCUUUGUAUGUUGGCAUAACUCCGCCUGUAUUAAAUGUGUAUGGAAACCAAAAUCUAUUUUAACUUUUCUAACUUCAUCUAUAACUUGAGAACAAUACAAAUAUUGACUGAAAGUACAAAUGAAAAUACAAAUGUAUUCUUUUAUGUUAUUGUGAUAGUUAUAUAAUUUCUUCUUGAUGUGGUACUAUGAAUCUUUAGGUUUCUGUUUAGAGAAAAUCAAUAUGUUUAACAAUUUCAAAAUAAGAUUGACUUCUUUAAACUAUUCUUUUAAACAGUAAAAUCUUGAAUGUAGCUCUCUCCCUAUAAAGAGGAUGUUAUUCUUUUGUAUGUGAAGAGAUCUACAUGUAUUUAAAGUGACAUUUUCAAUGUAUAAGUUAUUUUUAAAAACCUGUAAAUAUAUCAUUUUAGUUUUAGUCUAUUAUUUUCUGAACUACAAAACAGAAGUUACUCAAGAUAUUAUGUGUUACUGGUUAAUUAUUUCAGUUUUGUUUUGUUAUUUACAAAAGGGUACCAGUAAUUAAAAUAAAAUAAGUAUAUAUGUGUAUUUUGAACGAAUUAAAUUUAAAAAUUCAGUCACAUAAUCAAAGGAUAGACUUAAAGCAAGCCUGUCAUUUAGUAACUAACUUCAUAAUGGCACCAAUACAUCUCAAAUAUAGGCUUUAGGUAGGAGGGGAAUGGUUAACUAUAGUUUGACCCCCUUGGACUAAUAAGAAUCUAGCAAUGUUUAUGGGACAUUUACUGACCCAAGUUCAAAUGUUAAUUGGAGAUUGAGAUCUGACUGAAUUCUCCUAUGCUGGAAGUCUUUUUAUCUAGCAAAAUCUAGGAAGUUUGGUUACUGUGUAGACAACUCAAAACCAUCAUACACUGUAUCAUUCAAACUUGGUGGACAAGCAUUCAUUUCAAAGAGUCAUUACAAGAAUAUUUUGUCUAAAAACUCUUUUAAUGAUCAUAAUAUUGACAAUUUUUAAACAUUUACUAGUUAAAUCAUCUUAUAACAAAGGACUUCUGCAGCUUCUCCAAUUGACCAACUUUCUGACAGUCCUUACUGGUCUAUCCCUGACCUUCUUAGCUUUAUCUAUAGAAAUCAUUGUAACUUAGUAUAACUUUAUUAUAACUUCCUAUUAUGUAAAUCAGUAUUAAUUUAGAUUUAUAUUGAAUUCUAUGUUUUUAAUUGCACUUCUAGUUAUACAUUUAUGCUACAGUUGUUGGGGUCAAAACUCUGAUCUGAAAUACCAGUACUAAUAAGAAUCAAUUAACAACGAAAAAAAUUUGGACACAUGCAUGCUAAUCUAUCUAAAGGGGUGUUUAUUUAUUGGCUAUAACAUUAACAAUUAGAUUCUUCUGUGAUUAAAUAUUGUUUCUUCACUGAA